UGGAGAGAAAAGGGGACGUGACGAUGCACCAUGGCGGCGGCCCCCCGAGCGCCCAGCACCAACUGCAGCGGUCCCGCUCCUUCACUGGCGGCAGCGAAGGCGAGGAGCAGCAACCCCACCCCAGUCUGCCCCAGUCCCCGGCCACGGCCUUCGCCCCGUCCGCCAGCCCAUCUGCACCUCAGUCGCCCGGGUACCAGAUCCAGCAGCUGAUGAGCAGGAGUCCGGUGGCCGGGCAGAACGUGAACAUCACCCUGCAAAAUGUGGGGCCGGUUGUGGGAGGCAACCAGCAGAUCACACUGGCGCCCUUGCCGCUGCCCAGCCCGACCUCCCCUGGCUUCCAGUUCAGUGCUCAGCAGAGGCGGUUUGAGCAUGGGUCUCCGUCUUACAUCCAGGUCACCUCUCCACUGUCCCAGCAGGUCCAGACCCAGAGCCCCACCCAGCCCAGCCCCGGGCCGGGCCAGGCCCUGCCAAGCGUGAGGGCCGGUGCCUCGGGCCCCGGGCUGGGCCUGUGCAGCACCAGCCCCACAGGCGGGUUCGUGGACGCCAGCGUGCUGGUGCGGCAGAUCAGCCUGAGCCCUUCCAGUGGGGGGCACUUUGUGUUUCAGGAGGGGGCCGGCCUCAGCCAGCUGGCUCAGGGCACCCAGGUGCAGCUGCAGCAUGCGGGCACGCCCAUGGGCGUGCGGGAACGGAGACUGUCGCAGCCUCACACGCAGUCCGGAGGCACCGUCCACCACCUGGGGCCCCAGAGCCCAGCCGCAGGUGGCACGAGCAUGCAGCCCCUGGCCAGCCCCGGUCACCUGGCCACGGCCAGCCUGCCGCCCCAGAUCAGCAGCCUGAUCCAAGGGCAGCUGAUGCAGCAGCAGCAAGUGCUCCAGGGCCAGCAGCUGAGCCGGCCCCUGGGCUUCGAGAGGACGCCAGGCGUGCUCCUGCCGGGCGUGGCUGGGUCCUCGGCCUUCGGCAUGACAUCCCCGCCCCCGCCCACCAGCCCGUCCAGGACCUCGGUGCCACCGGGUCUGUCCAGCCUUCCGCUCACAUCUGCGGUUGGCACGGGAGUGAGGAAGGCACCCAAGAAGCUGGAGGAGAUCCCCCCGGCAUCUCCAGAAAUGGCCCAGAUGAGGAAGCAGUGCCUGGACUACCACUACAAAGAGAUGGAAUUGCUCAAGGAGACCUUCAAGGAGUAUUUGAUUGAACUGUUUUUCCUGCAACAUUUUCAAGGGAAUAUGAUGGAUUUUUUAGCGUUUAAGAAGAAACAUUAUGCCCCGUUGCAAGCGUACCUUAGACAGAAUGAUCUGGACAUUGAAGAAGAGGAGGAGGAGGAAGAGGAGGAAGAAAAAUCAGAGGUCAUCAACGAUGAGGUAAAGGUUGUGACAGGAAAGGAUGGGCAGACUGGGACUCCUGUUGCUAUAGCAACCCAGCUUCCGCCAAAGGUUUCUGCUGCUUUUUCAGCCCAGCAGCAACCACUGCAGCAGCAAGCACUCGCAGGGACCCUGGUGGCCGCAGCGGGCAACGUGAUCGACGUGGACCCCUUCCAGAGGCAGCAGGCAUUGCCUCCCGCGGGAGAGCAGUGUAAGAGGCCUCGACUUGAAGUGGGUCACCAAGGGGUAGUUUUCCAGCACCCAGGGGUGAACACAGGCGUUCCUCUUCAGCAGUUAAUGCCGACAGCACAAGGAGGGAUGCCCCCCACUCCACAGGCCGCUCAGCUCACGGGGCAGAAGCAGAGUCAGCAGCAGUACGACCCUUCCACGGGGCCACCUGUGCAGAAUGCCGCCAGCCUGCACACCCCGCCGCCACAGCUCCCUGCCAGGCUGCCUCCUGCCAGUGCCCCUGCUGCAACCCCGUCGUCCGCACUGCAAUUCUCACAGCAGCCCCCGAUGGUGGAGUCGCAGACACAGCUGCAAAUUCCUGUGAAGACUCAGCAGCCCCCUGUCCCCGUCCCUGUGCCCCCCUCCAGCCAGUUCCCCACUCCGCUGCAGCAGCCCACCCAGCCCGCACUGCACGUCCCAGUGCCCGGGAAGGCCCACAUGCAGGUGUCUCAGCUUCCAUCCCAGCCACAGACUGUGGCGCUGACAAGGCCCCCCGUGGAUGCUGCCCAGCCCUGCCAGCGGCCUCUGCCCACUUCCUCUUCUACCUCGUCCCUCACCCCUGUGGGCAGCGCGGUCCUGGGACCCUCGCCUGCUCGGGCCUCGCCAGUGAAUAGACCCUCCUCAGCCACUAACAAGUCCCUGUCUCCUGUUGCAUCCCGGUCCCCGGGGGCAGCCGCCCUGACCCCCUUGAAGGCACAGAGCCCGGCUCAGAAUGCCUCCACAUCCCAGGACAGUUCUCAGGAUAAGCUGGCAGAACAGAUGACACUGGAGAACCAGGUCCAGCAGCGCGUCGCAGAGCUGAGGAAGGAGGGCCUGUGGUCGCCACGGCGGCUGCCCAAGGUGCAGGAGGCCCCACGGCCACGGGCGCACUGGGACUCCCUGCUGGAGGAGAUGCAGUGGAUGGCCACCGACUUUGCCCAGGAGCGCAGGUGGAAGGUGGCUGCGGCCAAGAAGCUGGUCAGAACUGUGGCGCGCCAUCACGAAGAAAAGAAGCUUCACGAGGAGAGAGGAAGGAAGGAAGAGCAGAACCGCCUGAGACGCAUCGCGGCCUCCACUGCUCGGGAGAUAGAGUAUUUUUGGUCGAACAUUGAGCAGGUAAAAUUCUGGAUCCUACGUGGGAUCAUAGAGGUCACAGACUGCCUCAGAGCUGCAGAGCUGACCCUGGAGCCCUGGCUGCCCCCAAGGCUGGUGCUGACCGCCCAGGCCCAGGCUCGGUUGCCGAGCGGAGAGGUGGUGAAGAUCGCUCAGCUGGCGUCCAUAGCAGGGACGCAGAACCGCGUCACUCAGCCCGAGACGCCCGUGACUCUGCAGUUCCAGGGGAACAAGUUCACCUUGUCACACAACCAGCUCCGGCAGCUCACGGCAGGCCAGCCCCUGCAGCUGCAAGGAAGCGUGCUCCAAAUUGUGUCUGCCCCCGGGCAGCCAUACCUGCGCCCUCCGGGCCCCGUGGUGAUGCAGACUGUGUCGCAGACAGGGGCUGUGCACAGCACCCUCAACGCCCUAGGAGGAAAGCCCCCAGCCGGUGCCCCAGCUCCUGCACCCCUGGCCCCACAAGUCGGUGUUCCAGGUCGAGUGGCAGUUAACCCCAUGGCUGCAGAACCUGGGAUGGCCCCCAAACCGGCCUCGCCGCUUGGUGCUCCAACCCAGGAGGAAAGGGCCAGACUCCUGAAGGAGCGGUUGGAUCAGCUCUUCCUUGUCAACGCGCGGCGCUGCUCCCGAGCACCUGUCUAUGGCCGAGACCUUCUAGGGGCCUGCUCCCUGGCCAUGCAGGGUGGUGCACCUCGACCCAGGUCUUGCGCCAGCAGCCACGGGAAGGGUGCUCGGCCCUCAAGUAGCGGAAGUGACCUGAUUUUGACACUGAGCCAACGUCAGGAGUCCCUGCAGGAUGUUAUAGACAGGGUGGCGUGUGUGAUUCCCCCCGUGGUCGCAGCACCCCCGACCUUGCGGGUGGCGAGGCCGCCCUCCUUGUACAGCCACAGGAUGAAGGUUUUCAGGCACUGCCUCCAAGAGCACAUGGCGCCGUACUUCCAGCAGCUGCAUCAAGCCACAGCCCUGCGCCUGCUGCAGUUCCCCGAGCUCAGACUGGUGCAGUUCGACUCAGGAAAGUUAGAAGCUUUGGCCAUCUUACUUCAGAAGUUGAAGUCGGAAGGACGCCGCGUGCUGAUCUUAUCACAGAUGGUUCUCAUGUUGGACAUUUUAGAGAUGUUCCUGAACUUCCACUAUCUCACCUACGUAAGGAUCGACGAGAAUGCCAGCAGCGAGCAGCGGCAGGAGCUGAUGAGGAGUUUCAACAGAGACAAGCGCAUCUUUUGUGCCAUCCUGUCGACUCACAGCCGUUCCACAGGUGUGAAUCUGGUGGAGGCAGACACUGUGGUCUUUUACGACAAUGACCUCAACCCGGUGAUGGACGCCAAGGCCCAGGAGUGGUGCGACAGGAUCGGGCGCUGCAAGGACAUCCACAUAUACAGACUUGUGAGCGGCAGUUCCGUUGAAGAGAAGCUGCUGAAGAAUGGCACGAAAGACUUGAUCCGAGAGGUGGCCGCUCAGGGGAACGACUACUCCAUGGCCUUCCUGACGCAGCGCACGAUCCAGGAGCUGUUUGAGGUGUACUCUCCCAUGGAGGACACGGGCUUCCCGGUGAAGGCGGAGGAGUUCGUGGUCCUCUCUCAGGAACCUUCUGCCACAGAGACCAUCGCACCUAGAAUUGCAAGACCGUUCAUAGAGGCCCUCAAAAGUAUUGAGUAUCUGGAGGAGGAUGCACAGAAGUCCUCUGAAGAGGCAGCAUCGCAAACAGGGGCCGACAUCUCAUCACCUGACGGAGCCCACCCGAGACUGGAAGAGGAGCCGUCUCAGUUAGAGGAAUUAGCCGACUUCAUGGAGCAGCUUACACCCAUUGAGAAAUAUGCUCUGAAUUACCUGGAAUUGUUCCACACUUCCAUUGAGCAAGGAAAGGAGAGAACCAGCGAGGUCGUGGCCACGGCUUCGAUGAAGGAGUGGGAGGCCCAGAACGCAAAGACCCUGCAGGAGAGGGAGGCCAGGGCGCACGAGGAGGCCCCGGAGGAGGAGCUGCUCACGUACACGAGGGAUGACGCGUACAACAUGGAAUACAUCUAUGAAGACGCAGAUGGACAGACAGAAAUUAUGCCGCUGUGGACGCCGCCCACUCCCCCGCAGGAUGACAACGACAUCUACAUCGACUCAGUCAUGUGCCUCAUGUAUGAACCCACUCCCAUUCCUGAGUCCAAGCUGCCCCCUGUGUACGUGAGGAAGGAGCGGAAGCGGCACAAAACCGACCCCUCAGCUGCAGGCAGGAAGAAGAAGCAGCGGCACGGGGAGGCGGUUGUGCCGCCCCGCUCCCUGUUUGACCGCGCCACGCCAGGCCUACUGAAGAUGCGCCGAGAGGGCAAGGAGCAGAAGAAGAAUAUUCUCCUGAAGCAGCAGACGCAGUUUGCCAAGCCCCUGCCGACUUUCGCCAAACCAGCGGCCGAGUCAGGCCAGGACAGCCCCGAGUGGCUCAUCAGCGAGGACUGGGCGCUCCUGCAGGCUGUGAAGCAGCUGCUGGAGCUCCCCCUGAACCUCACGAUCGUGUCGCCCGCCCACACCCCCAACUGGGACCUUGUCAGCGACGUCGUGAACUCCUGCAGCCGCAUUUACCGCUCCUCCAAACAGUGCCGGAACCGCUACGAGAACGUCAUCAUUCCCAGAGAGGAGGGGAAGAGUAAAAACAACCGUCCUCUCCGCACAGGCCAGAUCUACGCCCAGGACGAGAACGCCACCCACACGCAGCUGUACACCAGUCACUUUGACCUGAUGAAAAUGACCGCGGGCAAGAGGAGCCCCCCAAUCAAGCCGCUGCUCGGCAUGAAUCCCUUCCAGAAGAACCCCAAGCACGCCUCCGUGCUGGCAGAGAGUGGGAUCAACUACGACAAGCCCCUGCCCCCGAUUCAGGUUGCAUCCCUGCGUGCAGAGCGGAUCGCCAAAGAGAAGAAGGCCCUGGCAGAUCAGCAGAAGGCCCAGCAGCCCGCUGUGGUUCAGCCUCCCCAGCAGCCGCCACCACCGCCACAGCCACAGCAGCCACCGCCACCACUACCCCAGCCCCAGUCGGUUGCCAGCCAGCAGCCUGCCGGGCAGCCGGCAGUCCCAGCCCAGGCCCAGCCCCCACCGCAGCCACAACCCGUGCAGCCACAGCCGAAGGUGCAGCCGGCGAUAACCACGGGGGGCGGCGCCGCUGUACUGGCCGGAACAAUCAAAACAUCAGUCACUGGGACGAGCAUACCCACUGGCACUGUGAGCGGGAACGUGAUUGUGAAUACCAUCGCGGGCGUCCCCGCUGCCACCUUCCAGUCCAUCAACAAGCGUCUUGCCUCCCCUGUGGCGCCUGGAGCCUUACCUUCGUCCGGAGGCCCGACGCCCGCCCCGGUGGUCCACACGCAGCCCCGAGCGGUGGGCUCCCCUGCUGCAGCCACCACCGACCUGGUGUCCAUGGCGACGACUCAGGGAGUGCGGGCGGUCACCUCCGUCACUGCCCCGGCGGUGGUCACCACCAACCUGACGCCCGUGCAGGCCCCGGCCCGCUCUCUGGUGACCCAGGUGUCUCAAGCCACGGGGGUGCAGCUCCCGGGAAAGACCAUCACCCCCGCACACUUCCAGCUUCUCCGGCAGCAGCAGCAGCAGCAGCAGCAGCAGCCCCAGCCGGCCCCUCCCCCCUCGCAGGUGCAGGUCCCGCAGAUCCAGGCCCAGUCGCCCGCCCAGAUCAAAGCCGUCGGGAAGUUGACACCGGAACACUUGAUCAAAAUGCAGAAGCAGAAGCUGCAGCUGCCCCAGCAGGCACCGCCGCAGGCCCAGCCGGGGCCCCCGCCACCCACGCCCCAAGUGCAGGCGCAGCCCCCACAGCCCACGCAGCAGCAGAGCCCCCAGCUCACCACAGUCACGGCACCGAGGCCUGGGGCACUGCUCACGGGCACCACCGUGGCCAACCUCCAGGUGGCCCGGCUUACCCGGGUGCCCACUUCUCAGCUGCAAGCCCAGGGGCAGAUGCAAGCCCAGACGCCCCCGACGGCACAGGUGGCCCUGGCGAAGCCCCCAGUGGUGUCAGUGCCGGCGGCCGUGGUCUCCUCGCCGGGGGUCACGACUCUGCCCAUGAACGUGGCUGGCAUCAGUGUGGCCAUUGGGCAGCCGCAGAAAGCAGCAGGGCAGACUGUGGUGGCCCAGCCCGUCCACGUGCAGCAGCUGCUGAAGCUCAAGCAGCAGGCCGUGCAGCAGCAGAAGGCCAUCCAGCCACAGGGCGUGCAGGGCCAGGCCGCCGUCCAGCAGAAGAUAACGGCACAGCAGAUCGCCACACAAGGCCAGCAGCAGAAGGUGACCUAUGCCACCCAGCCGGCACUGAAGACCCAGUUCCUCACAACGCCCAUUUCCCAGGCCCCAAAGCUGGCAGGGACUCAGCAGGUGCAGACCCAGAUACAGGUUGCAAAACUUCCCCAAGUUGUCCAGCAGCAAACAACUGUGGCCAGCAUCCAGCAGGUCGCCCCCGCAUCCCAGCAGGCCUCCCCGCAGACAGUGACGCUCACGCAGGCAACUGCAGCUGGCCAGCAGGUCCAGAUGAUCCCCGCGGUGACCGCCACGGCCCAGGUGGUACAGCAGAAGCUCAUACAGCAGCAAGUGGUGACCACAGCAUCCACUCAGCUUCAGAGCCCUGGGGUCCCAAACCCAGCCCAGGGGCCGGCCAGCUCCGACAGCCCGAGUCAGCAGCCCAAAUUACAGAUGCGAGUGCCUGCCGUCAGGUUGAAGACCCCCACCAAGCCUCCGUGCCAGUAAGUGGACGAGUGCGGCCUCCAGGCUCCAGAUGCAGCUGAGAGCAGGCCGCCCUGCCGCCUUGCAGAGACCGGCCAGCUGUUCUGAGCCUAGGACAGUGUCACAUAAGGUACCCAGCACUGGGACAGCUGUAAUCGAGACAGGACCGUGUGAUCCUCUAUUAAAGUACAUCCUACACUCAAGAACAUGCCCGUCGAACGCCCCUUUUCUGUAUUAUGUGACUCAUUGAAAAAGUGACAGUGGCGAUUUUUAAAAAUCCUGUGAACUUUUCAUUUUUCCUUCAUUCAGAAAGCCAUUCAGAGUGUCUGUUCAUGUACAGUGUUUGCACGAGACUGUGGCCAUGUGGAACGU